GAUAGAAACGUAUCGUCCAAUGACCAGAGUCUCAGACGGUCGAAUAGUAUACCCGCAGGUGGUCUGGUGAGCCGAGGAGCGAUCCACCCCCAACUCCGUCCACCGAGUCGGCCUUCGCUUCUUCGAUCCUCGCCGCAUUUCUCCGACGGAAUUCUCGCUCCGGUCGUCGUCGUCGAAACCCACUUCCCGGAUUCGUCUCCGGGCAGCGCUAGGGUUUCGGCGAGGAAGAGGUACUAGAGAGUGUGCGGAGGAGGACCCACAAGAGUUCGGGUUCCAAACUCGUUGAGGUUUCGUGAGUUCGCGCCUGCCGAAGGUUCGCUGAAUCGUGGGUAGGCCUUGGAUUUUCGCAUCGUUGCCUCUGAACCGAGCCCGCGGGGUUCUUUCCGUCGGAGGUGUGCUAAAUAAGGCAUUGCAGAUUGCUUGGACUUGCAUAAAGCUGAACUGGUGAAGGUGGAUAUGACAGCUUUAGACUAGACAUUGGGGUGGCUUUGAGCAUGAUGCCUUCUGAAGUGUAUCAAAAAGUCCAGCUUCAGAAGCCCAAAUCACUUCUUGAGAGACAAGAAUCUGGAGAAGAGAGAAGCUCAAAUGCUUUAAGUACUGGUCACAGUGGAACGAGCGUGUUAGAUCAGGCGCAGUCUACUCUUGAUGAUACAGGCCUUUCUUCAACGUCCACCAUCUGUCCAGCACCACUAUGCCGGCAGUUUUGGAAAUCUGGGAGCUAUGAUAAUGGGCACAAUACCAAAAUCUCAAUUCAAAAUGGAAGAAAUUAUCUCCAUGUCCACCCUAUGUUCCUUCAUUCAAAUGCCACUUCGCAUAAGUGGGCCUUUGGUGCCAUAGCAGAGUUGCUUGACAAUGCAGUUGAUGAGAUCCAAAAUGGGGCCACAUUUGUAAUCGUAGACAAAACCUUAAAUCCCAGGGAUGGAAGCCCGGCAUUGUUAAUCCAAGAUGAUGGUGGUGGAAUGGACCCUGAAGCACUGAGACAGUGUAUGAGUUUUGGAUUUUCAGAUAAAAAAGAGAAAUCAGCUAUCGGACAAUAUGGAAAUGGCUUCAAAACCAGCACCAUGAGACUUGGUGCAGACGUCAUUGUCUUCAGCCGCCACAUGGGAGAUAGGGUGUUGACUCAAAGCAUCGGCCUUUUGUCAUAUACAUUCUUGAUGCAAACAGGGCACGACAGGAUUGUGGUCCCAAUGGUUGACUAUGAGUUUAAUGCAAGCACUAAGACUCUGGAGAUGUCUCGUCGCUAUGAUAAAGAACAUUUCAUGGCAAAUCUAUCCUUGUUGUUGCGGUGGUCUCCAUACUCAAAUGAAGCAGAUCUUGUCAAGCAAGCAAGUUCCUUCUCAUUAUUUUUUCCCGCAUCUCUAAAUGUUAUUUAUUUUUUCUUGACAAAUCCUCUUUCAUCUAUUUUUGAUGACAUUGGAUCCCAUGGUACAAAAAUUAUCAUUUAUAAUUUGUGGUUCAAUGAUGAUGGGAAAAUGGAGUUAGACUUUGAUGCUGAUCCCCAGGACAUCCGUAUUAGUGGAGAUAUUAGGAAAGUCGAAUCACUUCCUGCCUGGAAAUCAGUAAACGAGCAGCACAUCGCUAACCAACUCCAUCAUUCUCUUCGUGUAUACUUGUCCAUUUUGUACUUGCGAAUACCUGAAAGUUUUAAAAUAGUGCUCCGUGGUCAGAACGUGGAGCAUCAUAAUAUUGCAGAUGAUCUCAAAUAUAUCCAAUAUAUAUUAUACAGACCUCACACCGGGGGAUCUGUGGAGGGUGAGGUUGUAACUACCAUAGGGUUUUUAAAAGAAGCUCCGAAUGUGAACAUCCACGGGUUCAAUGUGUAUUACAAGAAUCGACUGAUACUGCCUUUUUGGAGGGUCGUGACCUAUUUAGAUAGCAGGGGUAGAGGUGUUGUUGGUGUUCUGGAGGCAAAUUUUAUUGAACCAACUCAUAACAAGCAAGAUUUUGAGAGAACUUCCCUUUUUCAGAAGCUGGAAGUUCGGUUGAAAGAAAUGACGUGGGAAUACUGGGACUAUCAUUGUGGGCUGAUUGGGUAUCAGGUUAAGAAGAAGGUUCGAGCAUCGGUAUUUGCAGAGAAUUCAUCUCAUUCUGUUCCUCAUGGUGGUCUUGAAAAGCCCGUUCUAUUGGGACAGAGUUCACCUUCUAUGACUAGGGUAUCUGAAGCAUUCGGUGAGGACUCAAUGAAUAAAGGGUCUGGCAUGAAGCGCAAGGCAGUCGAGCUAACAGAAACUGAAUGGGCAACAGGAGGGGCUGGCACUAACUAUGAUUGGGAUGUCGAAGAGAUACAGCCUAUCAAUAUCCCUGGAAACCAGUUAAAAGAUGAGGCUGCAAACGUGGUGCAAGAACACAAGAAGCUACUUGCAAAAUGUUCGGAAUACGAGAAAAGCGAGAAGGAACUAAGUGACAAGUUGGGUCGGCUUAGAAGCGAACUAGGGGAAGCUCAGCGCGAGUAUUCUCGACUCUUGGCCGAAGCACUAUCUCUUGGCCCGAUCAAGAACGAAAACAAUGCGAGCAUGCCGUCUCUGUAAAAAGCUCUCCGGUUUAUUCAUCUGUGAAACCUUUUGUCGUACUUGUGGCGUGGUCAGGCUCUCCAGAAUUCUCGAGUGCCACGGGCCUGAUCGCGGGGAGAGAAACCUCGGCACCCUGGCCGAUCUUUUAGGGUACUUACUUCAUCAGUUCCUAACAGAGGCUCUUUCAUCCGGAAAAAAGUCACUCUCCUUGGCUAACUGCGACCAAGAACAUCAUCCUCUUGAAGGGGAAUGAACUUUACCUGAUGUUGACUUGUACCAUAACAGUAGGCUUUUUUUUUUAUGAUGCAUGUAAUUUUAACUAACCCCUUUUUCAUUUCUAAUCACUUUGUCGUUCUAA